AUGCAUUAUAAGGCCUUCUAAUAAACCCACUCUAUGAACCUUUUCAAAUUUAUCAGGUAUCCUAAUAUUCACUAACCUUAGAUUCAGAUUUCAAAACAUGUCUCCUCUUAUGUAAUUUUUAUGGUCUACUCUCUCUCCUUUUCCACUUUGUCUGUACCUCCUAUUCAUACUGAUUAAACAUUCACUCUUCUUUGUGUUUCAAUAAACGUUCAAUGUAAUAUUCCAAUUCAAUCUACUAUUAGCAAUUUUCAAUCAAAAACAUUAUAUUUAUCAGCUUUAAUUCAAAUGAAGAUUUCAACUAAAAGUUUAAAUGGCAAACUUCCUUCCUUACACAAUCCUCCAUUAAAUGUACCAAAUUGUUAUCAUUGUUUUGUUGAUCUCCAUAAAUUUACUACUUUAUCAGGAUCCUGCUACUCCAAAAAGAAUGCUUGCUUUACUCAGGAACAGGAGUGCUAAACAUAUUUGUUUAGUUACUUUAGAAUCUUAUUCAAACUAUUAUCCCCAAGGUUCCUUUAGGAUCAAUAGAAAAUUAUUUUAGAUUAGUUCGUGUCUUUCCACUAGAUAAGAUUUACUUCUAUUCCUAUAAUGUAAAUUCUUUAAGUGUUAUCUUAAGAUCUCCAUAUAAUAAGCAUACUUGCAAAUAGUCAAUCAGGGAUUAUAUCAUCUUAGCUGUAACUAUUAAUGUUGUAGUAUCAAAUUCCUAUAUGUUAUUCAUCUUUUUAGACUAAAGUUCAAUCAUCUGCAUAAAAUUAAAUUGCUUUCAUAGUAUAAUCGCAAGAUUACAAAACCUCCCUGAUCAUCUUUGUAGAAGUGGGAAUAACAGUAAAUUCAAGUUUACCUCAAUGGAAUCUCUAUGAGUCCUAAUUCAAAGAUUUGAAUUAUAAAGGAUCUGUUAUCUCAAGUUAUGCUGCGAUUAUUUAGUUGAAAGUAUUUAGAUAUUUUUUCUUUAUAAAUUUAAUAUGCUAUUAUUACUUUAACAAUAACUUUUUUUAGAUUUAGAGUAUAAUAGGAUAGAAAAUUACUUUUAUUUCAACUAACCAUUAAGGAACUUCCCCUAUCCUAAUACUCCCAUGUAUUUUAUGCAAUAUUGAAUCUUAGCUAUUAUGA